AUGCGUUCGAGUCACAAAAUGCAGCUGAUUUGCAGACCAGCACGGGACUCGGCACUCUCUUCGAGGAUUACGGCGAAGAUGGAGGUGGUGUUGGUGGCCGUAGAGUUGCUUGCUCAUUUCCUGUGCACAACGGUGCAAUUGGAGACCAGUUUCCGAGGUCAUAAAGCGUUCUGUCAUGAUAACGGCCCUGACACCGCGCCGACUGCACGACGGUUUCAAAGCCUGUCCAAAAAGAGCGGUACCAAAAAACGCCACGCAUUAAUAAUAACGUUCGCGCCUGAAUACAACCUUUAA